AGUGGCAUUUCCACCAAAUCCGACAAAGAAAACACCAGAGAAAACCCCACCACCCAUCAAGAUGUUCCAGCUGAGAUCCGUUUGCCUGCUGCUUGCCUUUGCCCUCAUUGCCCUGUUCCUGGGCGGCUCGGAGGCCCUGCCACGGCCCCAGGAGGAGCGCGAGCAGGGCGGAGACCUGGAGGCCGGAGCCGCUGCUGUCGAAGCGGAGGAGAAGGACCUGGAGGGAGCCUCCUCGUUCGGCUACGGCUACUACUCGUCGCCCUAUCUGGGGGGAUACUACGGCGGUGGCUACUGGCCCCACUACAGCGGUGGCUACUACGGACUAGGCUAUCCCUACUACGGCGGCUACUAUGGACUGCAUCAUCAUCAUGGCCACUACGGACACUACUACUAACCGAGUGGAGGAGUUCUGUUCAAGCCUCAAUAGAGAUAUAGCAGCACUGCAUAGACACCAUCCACCAGGCACUAGCUUCAAUAGCCAGAGAGACAGAGAGAGAAAAAGAGAUAUAGAGAUACAUGUAUAGAAAGAGAUAGCACUAGCCUCAAUAGCCACUCAGAUGCGUUCUUGACCGCAAAGCCAACCCGAUUAAUUGCAAGGAUAAUUGCUUCAAUUAAGCAACAAAAUCACAAA